CUUAAGUAGGCAAGAGUAGUAUAGUUCAGCCUCGUCAAUUCCUCUUGUUCCUUCGUUAGCCUCAAUAAUGAGGAAAAGCCGUACAACAACGAGCCACGGUUGUGGAGGGGAACCUUCCUGUGGCCCGCUGCAGCACUGCUCGCACUGCAUGGAGCCUUUGGCUGCAUUUUUAUCGUUUUUUCUCUACUUUGCCGUGCUCUGUAACGCUCUGAAUGUCGGGGAGUUGGAUCCUCGCGUAAUUGGUGCCGGUACAGCAGGAAGCCCGUUGCAAGCUAUCACAGUGGCUGUUGAUCAUGAUGCAGAGACGCAGGAGUUUUCACCGGAAUCGGAAAGCACCGCCGAUGUUUCUGAGUUCGAGUCGUCUGGUCUCUCUGACGACCGCAAAACCUCCGACCGUGCGCCCUCGGAUCCAUCGAGUCGUAUCAAAACUACAGCAGCGAAUGAAAAUGGUUCUUCAACGUACUUGGAAAGCCAGUCUCGACGUGGAGAACAAGCUUCGCAGGAACAAGAUAUUCCUGGCGCACCACAUGCAUUGCGGUCAACAUCAUCUUCCGACAUUGCGGUGCAAAGUUUGCGACAGUAUUUGGCCCGAUUCGAGAUUGAAGUGAAUGCUAGAAUGAAGAAAUUGGAAGCGGAAAAAGAACACGUGAACACCAGAAUGCACGAGCUGGGGGAGGAAAACAAGAUGCUAAACAGAGAACUCGCCGACCAAAAGUAGUACAACUCCCUGCCUCUAAUAAAUAAAAAGGAUAACAAAUCAAAGCAACAAGAGCUGAGUCCAGUAAAGCUUUCCUGUGUCCGUCUCUCUAUAACAGCGCCAAACAGCAACGCGGCCCGUUCGGAUGCACGUAGCAUCCAUUGAUAUCCCCCUAGAGUCCACAAAAUCGCAAAGAUCUCUCUGAUCAUUUUUUCCGCCCUUUAGGCUAGAUAGGAGGUGUCAGGGGGCGAGGUAGUGAUAUAGGCUCGCACACCUGAGGAUGUAGGCUGCCUUGCUAGUUGCAAGUGAGUCAUUCCCGACGGUGGGGCGUGAUUUUAUAUGCGAACAAGGUAAGGCUUCACUGCCGAAACGACGAAGAGACGUUGGUUCAGCGUAGCACUGUCAAAUGGCAACCGAACCUAUGCACAGCUAAGUUUUUCUAGCCACGGCAGUGUUGCUCACUCCGUACCGGGUCCCGUGCGAGCAACCGUAGCCAGCGGAGUGGAGAGGGAAACCACUGUUCAGACGUUACCGGAGAAAUUUGGUA